AUGGGAGUCCGCCUGCUCAAGCAAAGAUUGACCUUCUUCGUGCAGUUCUGGAACAUCAUUGAACUCGCCACUGUCGGUUUGUCAUUUGCUGCAGUCGUCUUGUAUAUCAUUAGGCUUUUGUUUACCAAUGAAGCCUUAGCAAAGCUCAGACGGAACAGACGCAUUUUCAUCAACUUCUACCACAUUUCAGUAUGGGAUGGCUUCUUUGUCUACGUUGUUGCCUUUCUCCUAGCCCUUGUAACUCUACGACUUGUCAAGGUUCUGGGCCUCACAAAGUUCACCCGUACCGUCUUCACUGUAUUGAAGCACAGCUCUAAGACUCUUCCUGGUUUCUUUUUCUACAUUUUCCUCAUCCUCCUGGCAUUCGCUGCAUGUGGCACCCUGUUCUUUGGCGCAUUUGCAAAGGAAUACAGAGACGUCAUUACAUGUUUGGAGAGUAUCUUCUCUGGAGUGCUGGGUCAUACUGGAUUCACCAAGAUGAACAUCCCAGCAGAGAGCAGCUGGUUUGGCUUAAUAUACUUCAUCACUUUCAUCGUUAUCGUGACCUUCACCUUGGCCAACAUUUUCAUGUCGAUACUGCUGGACACGAUGGACAUGCUUGCUCGAGAUCGCAGCGCGGAACGGGAUCUUGAACUGACGAUAUACCUGUGGCAGUCCGCUAAGGAAUUUGUAACUGGAAAGAAACAGGAUGGGAUUUUGAAGUCAAAUUUGGAUUCUGAGGACAGUUUCAGCAUGACCAUAGCUACUAUACGUCAGCUACAGGUACCUGAUACAACCAGAGAGGAAAAAAGUGCUGCUAACAUCCCCAGUGAUAAAGUUCGUGCAUGA